UUAAAAUUCCAGUAUAUAUUUUGUAUGGGAAUUAAUUGUUAUUAAAACCACGGCAAUUUUAUAAAAACAAAGUAUUACCAUAAAAAUCUGUUUACACGUUAAGGUUCGAUGCCUUCAUUGGGAACACAUGUCAUUUAGGCCCUUUAUAUGUGUCAAGUCAAUGUCAAUGAACAACGUGCAAUGUAGUUAACAAAUUAUGUGUCAUUGCUAAGCUGUAAUUAAUCUCAGAUGUUGGACCGGUAGAAGUUUCAUAACUACGUGUAUCGAUUAAAUCAUUAAACAAUACCAAUUUAACUUUAUCGUGAUUUUAAUUUGAUAUUCAAUUGCAUUAAAAAACACAAAUAGAAAGAUAUUUUAUCAAAUAUGCCAAUAAAAAAUCUACUACUCCGCUUCCAACCGGCGCAGCUAUACAUUGUUCUGGUGCUGUCAAUAUGUUAUUUUGCGGUGCAAUUAGUCCUGAGCCACAUUACGCACGCCUUGACGCUGCUGAUGGCAUCUUAUCAUAUGUUGUGCAAUAUAUUUGCACUAACGGGUUGCAUUUUAACGAUUAAGCACAGCAAACGUAGUACUGAAACCAGUGAACAUUCAAAGACGCCAACCAUAACUGGUAGCAACAAUACCCUAGUAAUAAGCUUGGAGGAACAAUCAUUGGCAAAACGUGAACGAAGUGAAUUUAAAUUAAGAAAUACGUUUGGAUGGACUCGAAUUGAUAUAUUGACAAUGUUGAUUGUUUGCAUUAUUCUAGCAUCAUUGUCAUUUUCACUUUUGGUAGAAGCGCUGCAAACAUUAGUUCAUAUAGAUCAUCAAGACACUAUGCAUUUGCCUAUACCAGUAAUGAUAUUGGGAUUUAUGGGCUUGGUGUUAAAUGGCUUAACAUAUCUACUUAUCGGCGGAUACACAAUGCAUCAAGGUAGUUUUCUGCAUGUAACACCUAGCGGCGAUGUAGUGCUUGAUCGCGCUAUGUCUAACAGUACGGAACUUACCCUUAAGCCAGAUGAAAGACAGUUAUCAAAAUCAAAGAACGAUCAACAGUUAAAGGAAGAUUUACAAGCAGAAAUAGGUCAAGUUCACUACACAGCAAAACGUCAGGGAACUACUGAAAUGCUUAGAGAUGUAUCCAGUACAAUUUUUGUCAUUGUUUGUGCACUGAUCGUUUAUAUCGUGCAGAAUGACGAACAUACAACAAAAUUCAUCGAUCCAGUUUUAUCAAUACUUUCCUGUGUGAUAUUGGUGUCGCUCAGCUAUCCAUAUAUGAAAGAAUCUUGCCUUAUUCUACUACAAACUAUACCUGGUUCUAUAGAUAUGGAAAAUUUCGAGAGUAAUCUAAUUUCAAAAUUUCCACAAAUUAUAAACUACCACGAUUUGCAUAUUUGGCAAUUGUCUGCGCAUAAAUCCGUUGCAACGGUGCACAUUAAAUUUAAAAAUCAUGGUUUUUAUGCAAAAAUGAUAGAUGACGUACGCGCAUACUUCCAUGCACAAGGCAUUACAGAAGUAACAAUUCAACCCGAAUUUCAUUGUGCCAAAUCCCUGCCAUCGCUAGAAUGUUUAGUACAAUGCAGUGCACCAGAGUGCGCCGAAAAGGUUUGUUGCAGAGACUCCCGCAGUGACUUACGAGAUGUUACUGUCUGUCCAAAUGGAAGCAGUGAGAAAGUUUCGAAUAAUGGCUUAGCACACAACGUUGAAAAACAACGGAGCAAUUCGAAAUGCAAUGAGAAACCUAAAGAGUUAAAAAUUUCCAAUCUGUUAAAAUUUAACAGGAAAAUACAACGCACCCAGUCUACAAAUGACAUUAAUAAAGUAGUUGAGACAAAAACUACCGAUAUAAAAAAAACCAUAAGUGAGAGUCAGAUUUUGCAGGAAGUGGAUAUCCCGAAUCCAACAGUACAUGAAUCUGCAGAAGUAAGCAACCUACAAAUUGCAGUAGAUGAAUGCACUCCAAAGUAAAUCAAAGAAACAUAAGAUAAGAUAGCAUAAUUUUAGGCAUUUAAUUAAGAAGUUACGAAAAGUAUUCAUAGAGCGAUUUUAACACAAAUUUUUGUAACAAUUUUUGUUAUAUACAAUUGUUUAUUUUAAAUAUAUAUACAUAUAUUUUAUAAAAUGUAUGAAUUAUGUGUCAUCUUAGUGUAAGAGAGUACAAAUAU